CAUAUUUCAUACCUCACCUUCCUCCGGCCAAAUGGUCGGGGCCCAAGCUAGUAAUUAAGUACUUUUCAAAAAAAUAAGUUAAAUUUUUGGCUCUAAAAUUAUUAGAAGUGAUUUUUAAUAUGAGAGGUUUAGUAAAAUGACUAUAAAGGACUUAUAAUAUAAAAUAUGAAUAAAAAUUAUAAACAAUAAAAAGAAUCAAAAAGAAUCUUAUUAUGGUUUAAAAUUCUCUCUCUUCUCUCUCUCUCUCUCUCUUCUCAAUCUGCUCUGAAUUCUUCUUCUCCCCUCGCGAUGACUGCCGUCGCCGAUGGGGCCUCGCCGUGCGCUGUUGGCGGCGGCAGGUCCUGAGCAUCACUCUUUCACGUAGUGGAGGAGACCAGGCUUGACUACUUCGAGCCCGAAUUCAUCAACGGCUCACUUCGUAUCCCUAAGUCAGUCAUUGAGGAAGGGCAAAAACGAUGGGAGCAUAGUCUUAUAAGGGCUGGAAGUUUGGUACCGGUAUUUGGGAUAUACCGAAUACCGUAUCGAAUUUAUCACUAUUUGGUAUUACCGAAAAGCGACUUAUUUUUUAGGGAUUUGGAUUGAGAUUGAGAUUCAUUUUGGAGUGCUAUUCGGUAUUCGGGAUUGGGAUCGGUAUAUACCGAAAUACCGAAAAAAUACCAAAAAUUGAAAAUUUGAUGAAAUAUAGCAUACGACCUUUGAUCAUUCCUUACUCUUUCACAAAUUAUAAGUCUAUAUCCAACUCAAUUUUAACUUUCUAGUUUAAGUCACUCUCGUCUCUCACCUAAUAUUUUGUUAUUUUCAUUACACCAAAAGACAAACACUAGUAUUAGUCGUCUCUCAGGCUCCAAUUGGUCAAAUUAAAGAUUAUCAAUGGCAAAAAUUUGAGAUGUCACCUCUCCUCCAUUCUCCUUAUCCGUAUUCUAGCUCAUGCCAAACUCAAGGCUAUUCGCUUAGUCUCCUUUCCCUAAAUUAAACAAUCAAAUCUAAUUUAUAUAUGUAAUUAUUAAUUGUCAAGAUAAUUAAUUUUGUAUUCAAUAAUACCAAUUGGGAUACCGAAGUACCGAUUGGGAUACCAAAAUAUAUAGGGAUUGGGAUUGGGAUACUGAAAUUAUUUAGGGAUUGGGAUUGAGAUUGAGUUCAGGGUGUAAUUCGGUAUUCGGGAUUUCGGUAUUUGGUAUUGGGAUACCGAUACCGUACCGAUUUCCACCCCUCUUGUUGGUCAAUUUUUGGCAAAUCCACCGUCAGUCUCGACUCUAAGGUUUUGGGCAAACUGGAUUUGGGGCAAGGAAGGAGAGGUAAAAGUUUCCCUGCUAGAGGACCGCCUUGUUCUAUUCCACUUUCCGUCUGAAUCGGUGUGUCGAUGGGUUUUUUAGGGAGGUCCUUGGCACUACAAGGACAAGAUUAUUUGUCUCAGGCAUUGGGAACCAGGUAUUCAGGCGAUGGAGAUCGAUAAUUCGGCUAUUCCAGCUUGGAUAAAGCUCUCAGGUCUUACGACCGAGCUAGCUUCCAGGGAGGGGUUGGGGAGAAUUGCUAGUUCUCUGGGUAGACCACUAUGUAUGGAUCAUUCCACUGCUCGUAGGGAAAAUUUUGGUACUGUGCGAAUUUGUGUUGAGAUUCAGGCGAAGAAACCACGGGUAAACAGGAUUAGCAUCAUUUCGGACAAUAUGAAGGAAAUGUUUAUCAAUGUCGAGUACUGUGGCUUACCGAGUUGUUGUGCUCAUUGUGGGGGGUUUUUGGGCAUGACUGCUCUCUUCCUCCACCUGGGGUUAACACCAAGAAGGUCUGGAGGAAGAAGACUCCGCUAGUUAUCCCUAUUGAGUCUGCUAAUGGAGGAAGAAGGCCAUGACUGCUCUUCGCAAAUGACAAUCCUCACUUGGAAUACAAGGGGCUUCAACUAGGGAUGGCAAAUUACCCACCCAUGGGUAAUUAUACCCAAACCCAAGUAGACCCAUUGAUAAUGGGUUGGGUAUGGGUGAAGUGCAUAUGGAUUUGGGGGUUCAUAGAUGGGUUUGGGUUUGGGGCUUCCAUAAUCUAAAUGGGUAUGUGUUGGAUAUGGAUAUCCAUUUACUUGAGGGUGUUUUAACUACACAUGCAAAAAUUGGACCUAUUUGCAAAACUUAAAAAGUUUAGGUACCAAAAUGUAAGACCAAAAAAAUUUAGGUACCAAAACGUAAUUUUCCAUCGAUAUUUUGAGGACUUAUAUGCAAAAAAAAUUAAAUUUAGGUACUAAAUAUGCAUGCCUAUUAAGUUUGGGUACCAAACUGUAAUUUGUAUUUGGGCAUGGGUACAAACCCAAAUCCAUUUGAUAUAAACCCAACUCAACCCAAAGUAAAUGGGUAUGGGUACAAACCCAUCAAACUCUACCCAUGGGUAUGGGCAAAGUUGCCAUCCCUAGCUUCAACAACCCCUCGAAACAUAAUGAUAUGCUUCGAUACAUUAGUUCCCUGAUAUUCAGUUUGCAGAUAACUACUCUAAGCAUCCGUUGGGGAGAAUUUGGAUUAGUUGGAAUGAUUAUAUCACUUUAAGUGUUCUAGCAGAAGAGUCACACUUUAUUCGCACUGCAGUUUCAACAAGGCAGGGUGAGAAAUUCUUUUUCACGGCAAUAUAUGGAUCCAAUGAUGAAAAGGAGAGGCUCGUGACUUAUAAAGAGCUGAGCAAGUGGAAGAUCCAAGGUGCUCCUUGGCUCAUCUGUGGGGAUUUCAACGCUAUUCUGGCUCUAUCUGAAUCUUCUAAUGAGGUAUCAAUCAGUAAUAGCAUGCCUGAUUUUCGUGCAUGGGUUGAUAAAAUGGAAAUUGUGGAUCACACAACUACUGGUAUUGUCUUUACUUGGGAUAAUCAACAACAGGUCAAUCCAAUUGCUAAAAAGUUGGAUAUAAUUCUGGUAAAUGUUGAAUGGUUUGAUAUCUUUCCAGAAUGUGUUGCUAGAUUCCUUGCUCCUGAUUUCUCUGAUCAUUGUGGAAUGCUGGUUAUACCUAAGGUUCCUGUAAGGAAAUUCCCCAACCUAUUUAGAUAUUUUGAUAUGUGGGAACAACAUGAUUCUUAUCACGAUAUUCUUUAAGACACAUGGAAGCAAAAGGUUUCUGGAAGGGGUUUCUUUGUUGUGAAGUAGAAGUUGUAUUUGCUCAAGACGGAACUACGCAAGCUCAACAAGCACUCUUUCUCAGAUAUUUCAGAGAGGGUUAAACACAAAAGAGAGGAGGUUCGAUCUUUACAACUUCAGGCUUUGCACAAUCCUGCUCCAGCUUUUUAUUAGAAAUGAGUGAGGCUAUUGAGGCUUAUGCUGAUCUGGUCAAAAUGGAGGAGGCUUUCUAUAGACAAAAAUCAAAAAUUAGGUGGCUCACCUUGGGGGAUCAUAACUCAGGAUUCUUCUAUAAGUCUGCCAUUAUCCGUGCUGCUCGCAAGAAGAUCAGGAAGAUUAUUAUAAAUGAUGGGAAGGAGUUAAAUGAUACACAGGACAUUGCUGGUGAAGCGGUUUCAUAUUACAAGGGUCUAUUUGGCAUUAUCAAUAGUGAAGUCAAAGUGGAUAGAGAGAUCAUUCAAGAUUGCUUGCUCAGCACUCUAAGUCAGGAGCAUUAGGAUUCACUUUGCAUUCCAGUCACGGGGCAAGAGAUCAAAGAUGCUUUAUUCGCGAUGGAUGGUUCAAAGGCCCCUGGGCCAGACGGAUGGACAAUGUAACACCCUGAUAAUUUAGAUUUAGGUUCGACCUUAAUAUGUGAUCGGUUGGAUUGACGGUUAAGUACUAAAGAGUUACAAUCGCGGAAUAAGAAUAAUAAUAUUAU